ACAACAGCUCCACCAGAAACGCGAACACGUCGGAGCAGUGACUUCCGGCGGAAGAAGAAACCGGCCCGGAGUUCUGGCCGACAGCAGGCGAGGAGUGGGCAGCAGCGCCUAUGUGAGGUUAGCUAAUCUGAGAAGGCCCACUUCUGGUUCCAUGGAUGAUGGCGGUUGAGCAGAUGCCAAAAAAGGAUUGGUACAGCAUCCUGGGGGCAGACCCAUCUGCAAAUAUAUCAGACCUAAAACAAAAAUAUCAAAAACUCAUAUUAAUGUAUCAUCCAGAUAAACAAAGUACAGAUGUACCAGCAGGAACAGUGGAGGAAUGUGUACAGAAGUUCAUCGAAAUUGAUCAAGCAUGGAAAAUUCUAGGAAAUGAAGAGACAAAAAGAGAGUAUGACCUGCAGCGGUGUGAAGAUGAUCUAAGAAAUGUAGGACCAGUAGAUGCUCAAGUGUAUCUUGAAGAAAUGUCUUGGAAUGAAGGUGAUCACUCUUUUUAUCUGAGUUGCAGAUGUGGUGGAAAAUACAGUGUUUCCAAGGAUGAAGCAGAAGAAGUUAGCCUGAUUUCUUGUGAUACAUGUUCACUAAUUAUAGAACUCCUUCAUUAUAACUAAAAUUGUUCACAACUUGAAAUGCUUUAACUGUGGUAUUGAGACAUGAUGAGGAGAAGCUAUUGAGCUUUGUCCAUUCAAGGAAAUGGAUUCUUUGUCAGCCCUAUUAUUUGCAAAGAAAAUAUACAAUUAUCAAGCAGAGACCACCUCAGAUUAAUAGAGAAUGAAUAUAUUUAUUUGUAUUUAUAAUUUAUAUUUACAAGUUGUCACAAAAAUAGAUUUGAUUAUAUUUGGUGAAUUCCCAUCUGGGAACUUUAUUAUGACAUUUUUUUCCAUGACACAAAAUAAGAAUUUUCUUAAUAUGACCAUGUCUUUUGAGUGGGUAACAGUAUCAUCAUAUUCCUUUAUAGUUACUAAGUUUCUGGUCUAACAGAUAACGUUUCUAGUUGCUAAAGUUAUAGGGCUGUUAUACACCUAGAAUCUUUGUGAAUAAUGUGAGGCCAGUUCUCCCAUAAGGAAGGCUGGUUAUGGAUAUUCAUAAGGUUAUUUCAAAGUUAAUAAAGACAAAGUGGCAACUGCAGAAAGUGUUGCCUCCAAUCUUGGCCCUGUAUUUCCAAAGCUUGUAAACACUGCCAUCUUCAAAUUUAAAUGUAAUUUAGGAAAUGGAAGCUUUUAAUUUUAAUUUCUUUUUUCUAAGAGUCUCACUCUGUUGCGCCAGCUGGAGUGCACUGGCAUGAUCUCGGGUCGCUGUAACCUCCGUCUCCUGGGUUCAAGUGAUUCUCCAGCCUCAGCCUCCUGAGUAGCUGGGAUUACACGUGCCCACCACCAUGCCCAGCUAAUUUUUGUAUUUUUAGUAGAGAUGGGGUUCCACCAUGUUGGCCAGGCUGGUCUCAAACUCCUGACCUCAGGUGAUCCACCUGCCUCGACCUCCCAAAGUGCUAGGAUUACAGGUGUGAGCCACGGUGCCUGGCCUAAGUUUUGUUAAUAGAGAUGGGAUUUCAUCAUGUUGGCUAGGCUGGUCUUGAACUCCUGGCCUCAAAUGAUCCGCCCACCUCAACCUCCCAAAGUGCUGGGAUUGCAGGCGUGAGCCACCGUGCCCGGCCAGAAGCUUUUUUAAAAAUAAUGACAUGAAAUUGGUGCAUGAUUUCCCCUUUUAUUUUGGAGUGUUGAUAUAAUAUUGGGGCCAGGCAUGGUGGCUCACAUCUGUAAUCCCAGCACUUUGGGAGACUAAGGCAGGCGGAUCACCUUUGGUCAGGAGUUCAAGACCACCCUGGCCAUCAUGGUGAAACCCCAUAUCUACUAAAAAUAAUUUUUUUAAAAAUUAGCCAGUCAUGUUGGUGUGUGCCUGUGGUCCCAGCUACUCAGGAGGCUGAGGCACAAGAAUCGCUUGAACCCAGGAGGCAGAGGUUGCAGUGAGCCAAGGUUGUGCCACUGCACUGCAGCCUGGGCUACAGAGCAAGACUCUGUCUCAAAAAAAAAAAAGAUACAGUAUUAAUGCCUAUAGUUAUGAAGACAGAGCCAUUGGCACUGCUGCUAUGAUGAAAUGAACUUUUAUAAAGUAUUAUUGACUAUAGCCAACUACAGAUGGUAUAUGCCUCAAAGAUGCAUGUUUCUAUGUAUUUAUUUAAUAUUUUGUGUACAGUAAAAGUCAGAACUCAUUUAAAGAACUUUAAGGGAUCCUUUAGAAACAUUUUUACUUAAUUUCAAAUGAGUGGGCUGAGCAUGUAGACUAGCAGCUUUUUAUCAAAUCUGGCAUUGUCAGGUUGAACUUAUAAAUACGAAUAGUUACUACUCUGACUUGUAAAUGUAGCUGCUAAAGUAUGAGGCAUAUUUAAGAAGAAUCGAUUAGUUUCAUUAUACCUAUAAGAACAAGAAUUCAAAAGUGAGGUAGUCAUCCAGGUUCCCCCUCCCAAAAUAUUUUUGUAUCGUAAAAUUUAGAUGACUUUUUUGGGUUACAUUUUUAUCCAUAUAUUUUGAACUAACAGAACUUGCAGAAUGUGUGUCGAAUAUUCUUUACAUUUAACAAUUAAAAACAACUAAAACUGAAUAGCAAAUAGUUUAUUGGUAAGUACAAGGUUUCAACAGGAGUAAUAAAUCACAUGAAAAGGAGACAAUAAUCAAGUCAAAAGAAUAAAUGCUUACUAAUCAUCAGAAAAUCUGUGGCCAUUAGGGCUGGCACGUAAAAAUCCAAAAUCACUCAGAGGCCAAAUCUGUAAAAUCAAAAUGAGGUUGAAGACAAUUAGUGAAAGUAAUGUUAUACUAUCAUCAUAUUCCCUUUUGCUAUCCGUCCCUUUUCUCUAUGCCAGAUAAACACUUUUGCCUUACUCAUCAAUCAAGAAUAAAAUUUUCUGCAUCAAAGUAAGACUUGAGAAAAUAAACUUAUGUGUAUAUAUGUUUAAACUCCAAAGUUUGGAACAUUCAAACAUUGUACGUGAAAUUAUAUGUGUGUAGUGUGUGAAUAAAUAUGUAUGAAUAUA